AUGUUAAACUCAAAAAAAUCCUUAAUUCCUCCAGAUAACUUUAAUUUAGUGGAAAACGGUCUUUACAGAUGCUCAAAAAUUGACCAGAUAAAUUUUUUCUUUCUUAAAACUUUAAAUUUAAAAUCAAUCAUCCUAUUAAAUGUCGAAAAGCCUUCAAGAAUUUUUAGAAACUUUUUAGAUGAAAAUAAUAUUAAACUAUACCAAUUGGGUAAUUUGAAAUUCAUUAAUCCCAAUAUCCAAAACAACUCCAAUAACUUGAAUAAUCUACAAACAGAACACGAUAAUAUUGAAUAUAUUUAUCAAGAUAAUAAUAAAGAUGAUUGGAUGAUUAUAAAUAAAAAUUUAAUCAUUAAAAUCUUUGAAAUCUUAUUAAACAAACUAACCUACAACCUCUUAUUAAUUGACUCAACGGAAAUCCUUAUAGGCUUGUUAAGAAAAUUGCUUAAAUGGAGUUAUUCCUCUAUUUUAGCUGAAUAUAGAUUAUAUUCAAACAAGAUUUCAAUCUCAAAUUAUUUUGCUGAAAUAUUCUUGGAGAUUAUCAGAAUCGAAUUAAUACCAAAUAAUGAUCACAACAAAAAUAACCCCAAACCUAAAAAUAUCCAUAAUAAUAUCAUCAAUAAUAUUAAUAAUAUUAAUAAUGCUAACAAUAAUAAAAAUAUAAAUAAAAAUAUCCCCAUUCAAUCUAAUAUUAAUAGUAACAAUAAAAACCAUAAUACUAAUAACGAUAAUGAGAACGAAAACGAAAACGAGAAUGAAAAAGAGAACGAUUUUUCAAAAUCACCUCAAAUUCCUCAAAAUUUACUUAAAUUGGUUGAAAAUAGAAAAAAAAGAAAGAAAAAGACAAAAUCAAUAUCGUAUUAUAAUGUGAAUAAAAACCACAUUUCAAAUAAUUUUAAUAAUAAUAAUGAUAAUAAUGAUAAUGAUAAUAACAAAUCUUUAUUAACUGAUAAAUUAUCAAAGAUCACCCUCGAUGACAAUAAUACAAAUAACAAUAUUAACAUUAAGAACAUCAAUAUUAAUAAUAAUAAUAUUGACUUGAAUAAUCCAUUUCUAAAAAGUGAACCAACUUUGUCAAUAACUUUACCCUUAAAUUUGCCAAAAAACUUGCAAAACGAUAAAGAUAUAUCAUUGAAAGAUUCAACAUCUGCAUUAUCGUCUGUAUCUGUGCUAUCCUCAUUCACUAUCCCAAUAAGCCAGGUUUCUAAUUAUCAUGAUUCCAAUAACAUUUUAAACAAAAUUACAAUCAACAAUACAAUUAACAGUCAUAACCAUAAUGAUAACUCUUAUAACACCAAUGCAAUCAAACAUUAUCACUUUUAUAAGCCAAAUGAGAAAAAUUGCUUCAAAGUGAAAACACUUCGAAUAAAACUUCCCAGAGAAGAGAUCCUACCCAACUGGUUCAAAUUCCAACGAGAUCUAUGGGAAGAAGAGUAUGCUCUUUCCAAAGCCCACGCAAAACCAUCCUCAACUAAAUAG